AAUCCACAGAAAAUAGUCCAUUCAACAAGUGCAAUUGUAAUCAAUAACAAAUUUAACCAAUUUCCAUCGAAUCGAAUUAAUAAAACGUCAAUGAAUCAUCGCACAAUACUUUCAAUGCUCUACAAACAUUAAAGAUAAGCUCGCCAAACAUACCUAAAUUACAUACAUAUAUGAAACAUAUUGUAACAAAUACACAAAUUUAUGCAUGCUUAGUGAUUUUAAAAUAAUAAAUCAAGAAAAAGCUAUGAGUUGUUUCAGUGCAAUGAAUACCCCCCUGUUGGGGGAAAUGGAGCAGACAAUUUGUAUGCUAGAGCGUGGAACAAUUGUGACGAAACUUUAUGGAAAACAAAGACGCCCCGAUCGACGACAUCUAAUGCUUAUCAGAGAAACUCGUCAGCUGUUAUGGUCGACAGUCGCCGCACAGACGCGCACUGAGUAUGAGGGAACGAUCCAGUUACGGGAAAUACGAGAGAUUCGCGUUGGAAAGAACUCAAAGGAGUUCCGGCUGCAUGCCGAUGACUGCCAGCGCUUUGAGAACAGUAAAUGUUUUGUCAUUAUGUAUGGCAACAGUUUCAAGCUGAAGAGCUUCUCGGUUGUUGCGCUCUCCGAGAUUGAGGCAGAUAACUGGGUGCGGGGAUUAAGGUAUAUGGUUAAGGAUACGAUUAGCUCGUCCUAUCCUCUACAAAUCGAUCGCUGGCUGCGACGCGAAUACUAUUCAUUCGAGAAUGUCAACUCGCACUUGGCCAAAUCGGAGCAGAACUCACAAGUGACCAUCAAGGAUUUCAAAACGUUCCUGAGCAGCGUCAGCUGUAAAAUGAGCACCAGUAAAUUUAUGGAAUGCUUCACAGAUGAUAUCAGGCGAAAACACGAUUUGAAAUUUGACGAUUUCUCGCGUCUAUAUCAGAAACUCUUACUGCCCGCUAAUUUUGUCAAUGUUCUCGGGGGUACCGAGUUUGCCUAUUCGGAGGAUAAGAAAGUCGUGCGACCCAUCGAAUUUAAAAAGUUUCUAGAAAGUGAACAGCACGAUUAUAAUGUGGGAGAACUAAAUAUCAUAUCCGGGUUCAUGCGCGACUUUGUGCAGGACGUGGAACGCGACGUACAAGAACCAUAUCUGACCAUCUCCGAAUUUGUUGAUUAUCUCUUCUCAAAACAAAAUGAUCUAUGGGACACAAAAUUCGAUAGUGUAUUCAUGGACAUGAACCAGCCGCUGUCCUCAUACUGGAUCGCCUCAUCCCACAACACAUAUCUAACGGGCGAUCAAUUCUCGAGCGAAUCCUCGUGCGAGGCAUAUGCUCGUGCCCUGCGCAUGGGCUGCCGUUGCAUCGAGCUAGACUGCUGGAAUGGUCCCGACAAUUUACCCUACAUAUUCCAUGGGCACACGAUGACUUCAAAGAUCAAAUUCAUGGAUGUCAUCAAGACCAUUAAGGAUUAUGCCUUCGCAACAUCCGAGUAUCCCGUCAUCUUGUCCAUUGAACAGAAUUGUUCCCUGGAACAACAACGUAAUAUGGCACAUGCGCUGAUUGAGGUCUUUGGAGAUAUGCUCCUCACACAGCCCUGUGAUCGAAACGAAUUGCAUUUGCCAUCGCCCAAUCAGCUGCGUCGCAAGAUAAUGCUAAAGCACAAAAAAUUGCCGCAGUUUGAUGAGAAUGUUAGUGCUAUAAAUAUACCAUCGAUUGCUGCUGGUAACAAUGGAACGAUCGCUUCAUUUAGCCAUCGAUCUUCGCUGGGCGGUGUGGCCGAUGACAAUGAGAAUUUGCAGAAAAUAUUGAAGAAGGGAUUACUCUACUUUAAGGACCCAGUCGAUAAGUCAUGGAACCUCUAUCAAUUUGUGCUUACCCAACAGGAGCUAAUCUACACAUCCGAAAUUAGUGAAUGCCGCAAUGGCAAUUCGGAAGAUGAUGAUUUCGGGCUAUCGUCCUGUACUUUAAAUAGCAACAUGCAACAGAAACAGAAAGAUACAUCAGCCAAUGAUGAGCUGCAUUUCGGUGAAAAUUGGUUUCACGGCAAAUUGGAAGGUGGAAGACAAGAAGCAGAUCAGUUGCUGGAAAAGUAUAAGCAUCUGGGCGACGGCACAUUCUUGGUACGCGAGUCAGCAACGUUUGUUGGGGAUUAUAGCUUAUCCUUUUGGCGUCGAAAUCGACCCAAUCACUGUCGCAUUAAGCUUAAGCACGAGAAUGGAUCCAUUAAAUACUAUCUGGUCGAGAACUUUGUAUUUGAUUCGCUGUACUCGUUGAUAGUGUAUUAUCGUAAAAAUAUGCUACGUAGCUCGGAGUUUUCGAUUAUUCUCAAGGAACCAGUUCCACAGCCAAAGAAGCAUGAGAGUCAGGAAUGGUUCCACCAAAACACCACCAAGGAGCAGGCUGAGCAGGGGCUGCUCAAGCUGGAGAUUGGAUCGUUUUUGGUGCGACCAUCGGUGCAGAGUGUCAAUACCUUUGUCAUAUCAUUCACGAUACAUCGCAAAACUAAACACUGUCGCAUCAUUCAGGAGGGUCGACUAUAUGCCAUUGACACAAUGCAGUUCGAGUCCUUGGUAUCGCUCAUCCACUAUUAUAUGAGGAAUCCGCUAUAUCGCAACGUGAAGUUGACCCAUCCCGUUUCACAGGAGCUUUUGCGACAGACACUAAUUGACAACGCCCAGCAGCAUGGGGAGCAUAACAAUAAUGAUAGCACUGGUGCCUCCAAUUAUAUGGGCGCCAAUUUGGAGGAAUAUGUCACAUGCAAGGCUCUGUAUAGUUACAAAGCCGACAAGCCCGACGAGCUCUCCUUCCCAAAGCACGCGAUUAUUACGAAUGUGCAAAGGAAUAACUCGAUGUGGUGGAAAGGCGAUUACGGUGGCAUGAUACAACAACAUCUGCCGGCCAACUAUGUCAAGGUGAUUGACUCAGCAACGGAGGAUUACAAUUCGGUCAACGAUGAGGGCAACGAUGGCCGCACCGAUUCCAUUGAAAUCUAUGGAGCAGUGGCGUCUCUCUUUGAAUCGAAUGAACCGGGCAUUAUAAUUAAGCUGCAGAUACAAACACCAACGAUGCAAAAUCCCUUCGUAAUUGGUUUCGACAAUCAGGAGACGGCUUACGAAUGGAUCAAGGCCAUACAGGAUGCCGCACUGAUCGCUAGUCAAUUAGCCACGGAACGACGCAAAAAGGAGCGUACGGCCCGAGUCGCCAAGGAGAUGUCCGAUUUGAUAAUAUAUUUUCGUAGUGUACCGUUCCGCGAUCACUCUUGGAUAUUCCAAGAGAUGUCCAGUUUUCCCGAAACGAAAGCCGAGAAGCAGUUUAUACAACAGAAUAUGGCGAUAUUCCUAUCAUAUCAUCGCAAUCAAAUUAGUCGCGUUUAUCCCAAGGGUCAGCGCUUGGACUCAUCCAAUUUUAAUCCGGUACCAUUUUGGAACAUUGGCUCGCAAAUGAUAGCCCUUAACUAUCAGACGGGCGACAAGGCCAUGCAGCUCAAUCAGGCGAAAUUCCGAAAUAAUGGCCAAUGCGGCUACGUGCUGAAGCCGGCGUUUAUGAAAUUUGAAAGCUUCAAUCCCAACAAUCUAUUAUCGGAUGGACUCAAUGAAGUCAUGGUUAGCAUGCGCAUUAUAGCGGCACGUCAUUUAUUCCGUGGUGGUAAAUCGAAUAAUCCACAAAUCGUUGUGGAAAUCGUUGGCGCUAGCUACGACAGCGGCAUCAAAUAUCGCAGCAAAGUCAAUGAGAAUGGCUUCAAUCCCAUUUGGAACGAAUCCUUUGAGUUCAUCGUGCACAAUCCGCAUUUUGCACUGUUGCGCUUUGAGGUGCAGGACGAGGAUAUGUUUGCCGAAACGCAUUUUAUAGCACAGGCGUGUUAUCCAUUGACCUGCGUUCGCCAGGGCUAUCGCAGCGUCAUCUUGCGCAAUAAGUUCAGCGAGGAGCUCGAAUUAUCUUCUCUACUAGUUAAUAUUGAAAUUUCAAGUCGGGCCACUUCCUAAGGCAAAAACUUCCGCUGCUGGAAAAUUGCAACACAUACAUAUCACAAGACUACAUAUCUGCAUCUGUAUCUGUAUCUGCGUCUAUCUGUGUUAACUUACACGCACACAUGCAUACACAUCUACUUACCUACAUUCUACAUAAUUGUAUGUAUGUAUAUAUUUGACAGCUACUACUGCUAAAACUAUGUACAUUCUUAACGCGCGCGUUAUCCAUGGGAAGAUUUUCGCAUUCCACUAGCAAAUGUUCAUAGCAGACCACAAUUCGAGAUACAUAUUUGUACAUAUUUAUAUAUGUAUGUAUAUAUAUCAACCCACGCUUAUGUGAUACCCAUGCAUUUCAUUAAAUUUGGCUGGAACAUGAUUUACAGGAUUAAUGAUUUGGUUAUGUGGAUAAUUCAUUUCAUAACAAGAAAGAACAACUGUCUUCCGUUCAAAAUAAAAAUGAUUUAUUAUUUCUGAGAGCUAUAAUAGUCUCAAGUUAAUAACUCGUUUCGUAGAUUAACAUAUAUUGAAAAAAUGAAGUUUUUUUUUUUUGUUCAAGAACUCAUGUUUCGACCGAUAGUUCCUAUGCAGGCAGCUAUAUGAAAGUUGUACAGAUAUGGACAACGUUGAAUCAAGAUAGUUUUAAAACUGAGGCUAGCUAUCAUGGAAAAACUACGAAUGAACCCGACUGAUCAAGAUUAUAUAUACGAUAUUCAUGACAAAAUCAUAGUGUAAUACCAUCUGCAAUCUAAACGAAAUUAUACUUUAACCAUAUUUGCAAUUAUGUACCCAUGGAAUUGUGUGGCGUUGCCUACUUAAUUCUUUAUCGAUAGAAGACUAGCAAUUUAUUCUUGUUACACAAGCAUGCACUCUUUUGGAAUUUCAAAUUCCAAAGCCAAGUUUAAGUGUAGUCAUCUUGAACCUUUACAUAUGGUCUGAGAUUCAUGUACAUUUACAUUACACAUUCACAUUUUGCAUAUCACUUAACUAAUUAUGCAUUUAUGUUUUAAGUUAUUUGCAAAUCUGUAAGGUACUACACGGCUUUGCCCGCUGGACAUACAUAUUUAUAUUUAAAAUUUAACUAAAUGCUUGAAGCUUAUUUUUUACUUUCAUAAAAAAAGUGAAGUCUCAAAAUUACACUCGAAUAUGAGUUUGAGGCGGCUUAAAUAAAAAAUGUUGUGUCUACCCAUUUUUGGACUUUCCAAAAUCACAUAGUUAAUAAUUUAUUGUGUCGAGCUUUGAUAAUCAAGUCUUAAACCAAUCGAACAAAGAUUUUCACAUGGGCCUUGGAAAAUGAGUAUAGUUGAUUGAAUAAAAAACAAGAAUUUUCAUGCAACAUUUUCUCACCAGUUUGGCAUUUUUAUAGACCACUUCUUAGAAUUAACUUACGUCUUUUGGUUUGGUCAAAUUAAUCAGUCAGCCAGCACAA